UGUGUCAAUGCAACCUCUUCCUUCGUCGUUGACAAUGUGCUCCAGGCAUUAGCCUCCUUUAGGCUUUGGAGCGUGAGAUUGGGGAUGAAAAGAGCCAUUCAUGACGAUAGUCGCUCCGAAUCCCAAGCUAAAUUCAGUAAGACGGCGAUGUCCGUCCGUGUGCGCCCGCCAUGGUCAAUGAUGGAGGCCAAGACCGUAGCGUCACUCUAAUCUUGACUGUGUGGUCUAGGAGCGUGUACAGGAGGUGCGCAAGGGCAGAUCGUGGACAGAAGUCACCCAUGACUCUUCGAGAUGUAAUUAUAAAACAGACGGCACGUUCUGCGUCUCAACUUGAAGGAGUCCAGUAGCACCAGGUCGAAACAUGAGUGUCUCAGAACACCUUUUUUCUCGAUUUUACCUGCAUUGCCACGGGUCCGGUACGCGCACGCGCGUUGUGUCUUCAUCAUGGGUCAGGCACUGGCGUCAAUGAUCAAGUCCAUCGAUGGAGGCGACCAGUCGGCGCAGGAGACCAGGGAAGCCUUGGAUUCUCUGUUCGAGCUGGGGAAAAGCCGAAAUGACGCUGCCUGGGCACAGGCUACCUCCAACGCCAUCUCAGUAUAUGCGAACAUCAACCAAGUCUUGCUGCGGCGGCAGUCUAUUGUUGCCAGCGCAUCCACCAACACCGAUGGUAUUGUGCAGGGCAUUAAUAAGGCAGUGGGCAAGCUCAUGUCGGGGCAAGUGCUGGAUGGCGUGACCGACAUCCUUAGCAGUGCCUUGAAUGUAGUACUAGGAUCGUCAUCUGGCCAAGUCUCUCAAAAUUACACCUACGCCCUCAUCGCGACAGAGCUCGGCGCCCUGCUCAGGAUCGACAUCGACGUGUACUCCUUUGAGCUCCGUUCCCAGGGUCUCCAGUCCAAAGCGAAGAAUAUGACAGCCAUCACGAGCCUCGUCUCUUCCGUCGACAUUACCAAGUUACAGCUAAACGACCUUCGCGCCAUCGUCUCUAUGACGUUUGGAAAUUCGCCCCUGGAGCGACAGCAGCAGAUCUACAGCGUCAUCCUAGCUGCGUACAAGGAGGCCGUCAAGCCGGGAGUGGCAGAGGCGGGCGGUGUGCUCCCAUCAGAUGCACAGGAGAGAGUCAAGGCGCUCUUCGUACCGAGCCAGUACGAGGCUUCCAUGAAGCAGCGCGGCGUUCCUCUCGUUGCAGCGCCCAGCCAGCCAGCCCGAGAAACUCCCAAAAUAGGCCGUCUCGAUCUGAAGGACGCCCUGCAGAAGCACCGAAGCUCGGCCGUCGUAGGUAAACUCGCGGUGUUGAAGAUGGAGGAUGGAGGAGAUUCUCCGAAAGACCCUGCCACACCCGCCACAGAUCCAACACAGUGGACUGAUCUAAUACUCUGGGUCAGCGUAAUCAAGCAGGUGGAUGUUGACUGGAUCAGCCGAUUCUCCAGCGCGGUGGCUGGCUUCAACGAGCCCGACGUGUUCGAGUUCGUUGAGAUCGUGGGUGGCAAGUCGGGCUCUGCCAUCAGCUUUCGGUGCAGGGCCAACAGCGUAGCCGGCCUGUUUGACCUCUCGCUCCGGUACUGCUACGAAACCGUCCUGCCAACCGUCAACACCUACAGGGGCCUGGUCGAGGCAUACAUCGCGAACGUGGCGCUGCAGUACACGCACCCGUCAGAGAGUGGCAGUGGUUUAGUGACGGUCAUCAGCUUCAAGCGGAACCAGAUCCAUAACAACUCUUCUAAUGACAUCACGUUUGUGGCGGCCAAGACUGGCAGAGAGCUGGGCACAAUCAAGAAAGGCGAGAAGGCCACGUUGACGGGCGAUACGCACCACAUCGUGGCACCGAGCCAUCAGAAAGGUGGAGAGGCACCGGAAACAGAUCAAUGGGUUACGUAUCAGACAUUCGAGAGGUCGGAUAUCAUUAUUGAAGCGACGAUGGCUGUGACGGACCUCGAGGGCGGAGGGUACCGGCUGACUGGGUACACGACGCAUGAUAGGAUCUUCAACAUUGACUACAGCGAGGAGUGGCAGGGGGUGGACGCGUAGGAGCUGGCUGGGUGGACCAGCUAGUCUUUGUCAAGGCGUCCAUGCCGAUUUAAUAGCUCAUAAUUCAUAUACGACAGAUGUUAACAGUAGUAUUUUAAAGACUGCACCCGGUGGCCUGGAUGAGGCAUUCCCGGCGGUCGCCAUACAAUUCGAGAGCAAGUCGAAGAUUUUCCUUCAUUGCCUUGAACGGCCAGUGCAAGUAUCAGUUUUUCCCCUCGGUAAUUCGGUAUUUUUGCUAGCCUGCUUAAACAACUCGACCUCAUCAGGC